AUGGACUUCGCUGUGAACCAGCGCCGGUCAUACGAUGGUAACCUGUGUACGAUCCGUUAUGUGGGUAAAGUCGAGGGGACCAGCGGCGACUGGCUGGGCGUGGAAUGGGAUAACCCAACCCGGGGGAAGCAUUCGGGGGAGCAUAAUGGAGUGAGAUAUUUUACAUGCAGGAAUAAGGAAGCUACGCCGGGGUCAUUUGUGCGUCCGUCUCGACCGGCGGAUAAGCUUAGAGGAUUCCUCGAGGCGUUGAGGGAGAAAUACGCAUCUGAGUUUGUGGAUCAGGAGCUUGCGCAACAGAAACAGGGUGGUGGUGACUCCCUCCACGACCCGAUCAAGUUCAGCAGCAAGGUUGUCGAAGAAGUUGGCUUCGACAAGAUCAGGAAGAAACUUGCCGAGUUGCAGGAAUUAAAGAUCGUCUUGCUGGAUGGGCUGCGUGUUGCUGGUGUCCAGGCAGAGGAUGGGACUCAGAAAACAGGAGGGGUGGAGGGGAGAGAGGAGGCAUGCCGCAGGAUUGAAGAGACCUGUCCGAAGAUUGCCCAGUUGGAUCUUAGUCGGAGCUUGGUCAGUCGAUGGAGGGACGUUAAGGAUAUAUGUGCGCGGCUUGAGCGGUUGAGGGUAUUGAAGUUGAAUGGGAAUCGAUUUGGGGCGGUUGAGGAGAGCCUUAGAUUUGAGGACAUUGCGGAGCUACAUCUGAAUGAGACUCUUCUUUCCUGGGACGAGGUAUCGACAUUAUCGUAUCAAUUCCCGGCGCUGACAUUGCUGUCAGUGUCUAUGAACCAGAUGAACGCGGUGUCGACACCUAUUUCGGAGACCAUCACCACAUUAAUACUGGAGCACAACGAAUUCGACUCGUUGUCAUCUGUGAGAAAGCUUACAGCUCUUCCCAAGCUGGACCGUCUUUCGUUACGCGGAAACUGCAUCGAAAAUAUUAACCGUCCCGGUGCAGCCGAAGACCUUAUUCAAUUCUCCUCCAGCCUCGAAUUCGUCGAUCUAUCAUACAACAAGAUCAACUCGUGGUCAUUCCUAAAUUCACUUCCCCUCGUCUUCCCCGGACUACGAUCCCUCCGCAUAUCCGGGAACCCCCUAUACAACCAACCCGUGGCAUCAACAACCAUCACAAACAUGCCCGAGAAGCCAAUGACUGUGGACGAAGCAUACAUGCUCACUCUCGCACGGCUGUCUUCCAUCCAAAUACUCAACUACGGCAACAUCACCCCACAGGAUCGGACUAAUGGUGAGCUUUACUAUCUUUCACUUAUUGGCAAGGAACUCUCUGCAUCACCGGAAGAUGCAGAGCAGGGUAUCCUGGCGAAACAUCCUCGGUACCGGGAGCUCUGUGAGAAACACGGCGAGCCGGUUAUCAGACGGGCAGAGGAGAAGUCAGGUCGUGCAGUGAACCCCCGAUCUGUCGCAGCGCGAUUAGUCAAAUUGGCAUUCCGUCUAUCAUCACAAGAACAAACCAUCAAAACCAAAGAAGUCCCACGUUCUUUCGAUACAUACCAAGUCAAAGCUCUCGUCUCCCGCCUCUUUGGCCUGACACCGUUUGAAUUCCGGUUAACCUGGGAGACCGAUGAACUGGAUCCGGUAAGCAAGGUAAAUAGGGAAGAAGAGGAAUGGGAUAGUGAAGAUGAGGGGAUGGAUAACGGGGAUGCUGCAGGGGAUGAGACAAAGUUUGUUAAGAGAGAGGUUGAGUUGGUGGAUUCUAUUAGGGAUAUUGGGUUUUGGUUGCAGGAUGUUGAUGAGGCGAGGAUUAGGGUGGAUUUGUUGAGUUGA